UCUCUCUUGACUGUGUACUCCUGCGCUCAGCUGCUGCCCCCAUUUCUCCUCGUUCUGUGAAGGGGACACUCGCAUACAACAGUCUUCCUAGGCUUGCGUCUUUAAGCUCUUCCUCCUGGCCCGAGUGGUUAUCAUACGCGCCGAACGCGACGCGUCCCCCUCCGAAUUACAGAGUACAUCUCUGGUGUCUUCAUGGCAUUUCCUGACGGUGGAGGCCGCAGCUCUACUUCUCAGGAAUCCUCCUCCUCGGCCUCGGGCAGCCAGCCUGCUGACAGAAGGAUAAGCGGUGUCCAGCUAUCUGCACCCUCUACUUCCUCGCGCCCUGACAAGCAGCCAUACCGCCCCCUACCUCAUACCCUCGAAGAAUUCCGCCUUCAAGAAGGCCGGAAUCUCCGGAAACGCCGCCUGCAGGACCUCUACCAGCGCCUCCUGCAAUCCCCGCCGGAAGCCAAUCACGACGCGCCCGAUGGUCAUCCCGUCGACGAGCAGCACUGGACGCCCGAGCGCGCGAAGCGGCUCAAAUCCCGGUACGACGCCGAGUUCCUCAAGAAGUGCGGCGGGAACAUCGGCUGGCGGACGUUCAAGGAGUACGCGGAGGCGAAGGAAGAGGAGCUCUGGAAGGUCUUCCAUGACGAGCUCGACCUGGACGGGAAUGGUCACCUGGACGCAAAUGAGCUCAGCUAUGCGUUGCGUAAAUCAGGCAUCAAGCUCGACCCUCCUGUGCUCAACGACCUCAUGACGGCGCUCACAUCCUCAUCGCAAUCCAAUACUAUAUCCUUCGCCGACUUCCGCGACUUUCUCUUGUUAUUACCCGUCAAGGUAUCGCCCACCGAGAUCUACCGCUUCUAUGAAGUGAGGAAGCUCAUGGGCGAUGACGGGCGCGGUCCGGCGCGGGUGAACAUGGAAGGCGACGUGAGCUUGAGUGCCGAAGAUAAACCACCAGGUACCCAACGACAAGAACAACACGUUGAUGACGAGUUCGAGGACGACGAAGAGGAAGAGGAAGCCGAUGAUCACCACCUUCUCGCCGGCUACACCGCCCUCCGCUUCCUCCUCGCUGGUGGCAUCGCGGGAGCAGUCUCCAGAACAUGCACCGCACCCUUCGAUCGCCUGAAGAUAUUCCUUAUCACCCGUCCACCAGACCUCGGCGGCGUCAAAGUUUCUGGUGUUCCCACCCCCGGACUUCAUGCAUUACGGACAAUCUUCCAUGCUGCAUCUCGUAUAUAUUUGGAGGGUGGUGUGCGUGGCUUUUGGACGGGUAAUGGCUUGAGCGUCGCGAAGAUCUUUCCUGAGAGCGCGAUCAAAUUCUUCACAUACGAGUCUUCAAAACGCUUCUUCGCCCAAUACGUUGACCAUGUGGACGACUCGCGGAAUAUUAGCGGCACGAGCAGAUUUCUCAGUGGAGGACUCGGCGGCAUAAGCGCUCAGCUCAGUAUCUACCCGAUAGAAACCCUGAAGACCCAAAUGAUGAGCAGCACGGGAGACUCAAGACGCACGCUACGACAAGCUAUCAGCCAUCUGUGGAAACUAGGCGGCUACCGGGCGUUUUAUCGCGGGCUCAGCAUCGGCCUCGUCGGCGUCUUCCCCUACUCCGCGAUCGACAUGUCCACGUUCGAGGCGCUCAAGCUCACAUACAUUCGCUCGACGGGGCACGACCCAGGGGUGCUGGCGCUGCUCGCCUUCGGGAGCGUGUCGGGCAGCGUGGGCGCGACGAGCGUGUACCCGCUGAAUCUCGUGCGCACGCGAUUGCAGGCGAGUGGGUCGAGCGGGCACCCGCAGAAGUACACGGGCGUCAAGGACGUGGUCAUCACGACGUACAACCGCGAGGGCUGGCGGGGGUUCUACCGCGGGUUGUUCCCGACGCUGGCGAAGGUCAUCCCGUCGGUCUCGAUAUCGUACGUCGUGUAUGAGCAUAGUAAAAAGAGACUUGGUGUAUAGGAUACCCCCGCGAUGUACAACGCUAUCUUUUGUGUGCACUUGCGUUUAGAGAUCUACUGCUCAUUGCAUUAUCAUACAGUAAUCGAUGAAUUGGCCAACCACCGUGUCGGGUUGGCGUGGUAUAAUCAUUCAGCGGCGCGACUGAAUAUACGGCAGUACAGUCACAUGAGGUAUACCCUGUUUAAUGCUUGUGUCAGGGAAUUUUACGCUGAGCGGG